UUCUAUCUUUUAGGUUGCUGAUUUUGGUCUUGCCAAGAUUGCUUUGGAUACAAACACUCAUGUAUCUACACGCGUGAUGGGAACUUUUGGGUAUUUGGCUCCUGAAUAUGCUGCUAGUGGAAAGCUUACAGAAAAGUCUGACGUUUUCUCAUUUGGUGUUGUACUUUUGGAGCUGAUAACCGGGCGUCGCCCUGUUGAUGUAAACAAUACCUAUGCAGAUAACAGCUUAGUUGAUUGGGCACGACCAUUGCUUACAAGAGCUCUUGAGGAAAACAAAUUUGAAGGUUUGGUUGAUCCAAAGCUGAAUAAUGAGUAUGAUAGAGAAGAGAUGGCUCGUAUGGUUGCUUGUGCUGCAACUUGUGUUCGCCAUUCAGCUCGUCGCAGACCUCGAAUGGACCAGGUUACGCGUGUUCUAGAAGGAAACAUAUCACCGUCAGAUUUGAACCAAGGGAUCAAACCGGGUGACAGCAAUGUGUAUAGCUCAUAUGGAGGAAGCACAGAUAAUGACAUGAGCGAGGACAAUGAAGGCAUCAGCAAGUUAAGGAGAAAGGCAUUUGGGACUCAAGAGUACAGUGAAAGCAGUGGGUAUAGCAAUCCAACUAGUGAGUAUGAUUUGUACUCGACCGGUUGGAGCACUGAGGGUCGGACCACACGGGAAAUGGAGACAAGCACUAUUAAAAGAACCAAUUAAGGUCAUGGUGGACACUGAUCACACUCUCUUUAAGGAGACACAUGAUUAUUUUUAAUUCUUAUUUUUUGUUUAACUGGAAAUUUAUGAACUCUAAUUGAACUGCGGUCUAUCUUACACCGGAUGCACUCUGUUCUUCUUUCAUUCUUUCCUCUAUUGUUUGUAUCUUUGUUUUGACUUUGAUCUCUUAUUUAGCUGGUUCUUGUUGUAUAGUGCAUACGUAUUUUCAAUUCCACAUGGUAUAACAAAUUGUUCUUUUUAA